CCCUGAAGCAUGCGCAGAGAGGGCUGGGCUGGACGUCACGCGCUCGAUCAAAAUGGCGGCGUGAGGAGAAGAAGGCCGAGGAGAAAGAGGUUCGGAGGAGCAGCCAUGGAAGGCGGCAGCGAGGAGGCGGAUGGUUUUGACGCCAUCGUCAUGGCAGAGGCGAGAUUUCAUGGAGAAGGCUAUCAGGAAGGCUAUGCUGAAGGAAUUCAUGCUGGUGUCAUUGAAGGAAGGCAGUAUGGAGUGCAGCAAGGUGCUAAAAUUGGAUUAGAAAUUGGGUCAUAUCUUGGUUUUGCAGUCACAUGGAAGAAAUUGCUUCAUACAAACUCAGAUGAAAAACACAGUAAAAAGACAAAAGUCCUGGAGUCCUUAAUAGAGAUGAUUGAGAAAUUUCCCUGUGAGGAUCCAGUCUAUGAGAGACUUCAAGAAGACCUAGAGAAAAUUAGAGGACGAUUUAAACAGGCUUGUUCAUUGCUUCAUAUUCCAACUGAUGCUCGACUUGGUUCUGGAGGAUCUGCUCUUACAUUUUGAAAGCCACAUGAGCACAGGAGAAGACUUUGUUUGUAUAAACUGACAGUGAAAUCUUGGGCAGACAAAUUAAGUAGAAGAGAGACCUUUUCCAUCUAUAGAGAAGAAAGCUAACAUUCCUACAGGAAUAAAGCCUAUAUAUGUAUUAUAUUUCUGAAUUGCAGACUUAGUUCAGUUUGAAAGCUUCAGUUUCUUCAGAAAGCAGUGAUUCUAUGGUGAACUUGUCUAUUAAAGUUGUUGUAUGCCUUCAAGUCAUUUCAGAUUUAUGAUGACCCGUAAUGGGGUUUUCUUGGCAAGGUUUGUUCAGAGGAUGUUUGCCAUUGCUUUCUGUUGGGACUGAGAGCAUGUGACUUGCCCAAAGUCACCCAGUGGGUUUCAUGCCCGAGCAGGUAAUCAAACCCUGGUCUCCAGAGUCGUAGUCCAGCACUCAAAGUCCAGCCCAUGUGGGCUCUCAUCUUUUGAAAUAUUUAUUUGAAAGUAAUGUUGGACAUUGUCCUAGAACAUAUUGUUAAAAAACAAUGCUAAUUUACCAGAAUUACUUACAUAACUUAAAUAACGUAAAAAUGAUUUAAGAAGCUUUCAGACAUGUUUUCUAAAAACUCUUGUAAGAUUUCAUUCAUAAAAUUGACAUUCUGCUAUAAAUAUGUCUAUAAAGAUAUAUUUCACUAUAUUAGUGCAAGAAAUAGUAAACUGAUCUGUGUAACAGGUGUUAUGUAUUUGCAUUUCCACAAAUGUGGAAUGAUGCAACACCACUUUGACAUAUGCUUAAUGAAUUUUUUGAAAUACAAUUAUCUGACCUGUAGGCACUCAAAACGUGCUUAAAUCUGGGCCAGCCAUUUUUCUUGUAACACCCAUCACCAUCUAUAUGUGCUCAGUAAGGUAGGGAAGUGACUUAAUUCAGCUGAAAUAAAUUUCUGAAAAUAAAAUGACUUUAAAUGAAACAAGUGGUAAUAUCUACAGAAAUUUCCACAGGUGCCAGGGAUAAUUUGCUUAAAGUAUCUCUUGGAAGGAAAUUGAAUUGGGCUUGGUGGAAUACUUGCACCAGUGCUACUCAAGAGUGGUGACACAUAGACUGUUGCUAAUCUACAAGCCUUUGACUGCCAGUACCUGGUGAGUUUCCAGACAAGAAACAAAUUAUUGUAGCCAAUGAGCACAAAUAUGGUACCAGUCCCAGGCAUGAUAGGGGAAAAAAUUGCUUUGUCUUGGGAAGCACUGACUUGCAAAUUCUUCAUGGUGAGCUUCUCUCUUCCCCUGACCUUUGGCACCAGUCAUAGCAAGUAUAACUCUCUGCUUGGACGAGUGAGGUCUAUACCUUCCUGUUACUCUUUCCUAUCACCAUGAUGAGGUGACACAUAGGCCAUACACAUGAGUGCAAGGAGAGGUCUUGAAGCGUUGUUUUUGAUACUCGGAGUUCUUCCUGAAUAUCUUGGAGAAGUUGUAGUGAUUGUAGAGUCCAUUCCUUUCCCUUAACUCUUUUCUUAUUUCAGGUACAUCAGGACACUCCUUACUGGCUUCUAUAACAAAAGGAAUAAAACAUUUUAAAUCCUU